ACAAGGAGGAACCUGACACCUUCCAGUGUUUGAGGGGCCAAGGAAGAUCAGGAGUCUAGGGAAUAAAGAUCUCUCUCCAAGACACCCUUAGAGUUCAGUUUAGUGAGUUUGCACGCAGACAUGACCUAGCAGAGGAAGCCAGAAUUGGGUGGGCUAGCCCCUCUGGCACAGAGAAGACCUGAGGUGGUCUCAGUCUCCACUCCACUCCACGCUCACACACACACACACACACACACACACACACACACACACACACUGAAGUCCCCAACAUCUAGCAAGGCACUGUGUAUUCUGUUUUGUGAUCAGAUCUACCCCUGCUAAGCCUCAGUCUCCCAGUCUGCAGAGAGGUGUGAAUAGCCUGUGAAUCAUCACUUUGGGAUCCUCUAUUGUUUUUGGGUCAGUCUUCUCCAUUCUCCUCUCCCCUCCAGACAGAAAGACUGCAGUGGGGGUGGGGGCAGGCGUCUGCUUGUGACACAAUGGAGUGGUCCAAGGUUCCCAUGUGUUGGUGAACAGUUGGAAACAGUCUUGCUCACAGUUGGUCAAGAAGAUGUCAGGCUCCCACUCAAAAGCCACUGGCCCUUUAGAUACUGAAACCUCAAUCCAAAGACACUUCUCUACCCAGGUCUCCUUUUUCAGCCCCCUGGUUGGAAAGAGAGGGAAUAUUUGUUCUCCGGCAAUGAAUGGUCUGUUCUGAUCUGGUCUUGGAGUUCUUGCUUGGUCUCUGGAAAAGGCCAUUCUGAGACUCCUGCUCCCACAAGAGGGGCAGUGCCUCAAUUUAUGUAGAAUGGGUGGCAUCUGGGCUCCCUAGCUCCAGAGGUGGCAGUAGCGAUGGGGUACCACAUCUGAUAGAAGUAGUAUGUGGAGGGUCUGUUUUUGGUGACCCUCUGGAAGGGGGGCUUGACAUUGGGGUGGGGGACAGUGACAGGCUUUCCUUUAAACACUUCAUAAUGUGCUGUUUUGUUGAAUCCUUACAGCGGUUCUAAGAUGUGGUGACUCUUAGAGGAACUGAGGCCCAGAGAACCACAGUGGCUUGUCCAAGGUCACAUAGACUCAGGACAGUGCCAGGACUGGGAUUCAAGCCUGCCUGUGAGGUGCUUGGAGAGGAUCACCACUUUCCUGGUAGUUGCUCUUGGCAUAUCUGAGCUCCCAUCUAUCAGACUUGGGCUGGCAGGCCUGGUAGGCCUGGCACAGGUGCCCCAAUUGAGUUUGUAGUGAGAUUCGCAUGCCCACGUGGCUAACAAAUUGCAAGUGGGCGUUUUUAGUCUUCUUGUUCCUUCUCCGCCUCUGAGCCAGAGAUCACCAGGAAGACCUAUCUCCUGCCUUUUAGAGCCUGCAGCUGGUCUUGGAAACAUGUAUCCUGGCUCUGAAGUAUCUGGAGUAGCAGCACAGCCUGGGGUGCAAGGAUGGUGACCUUCAUCAUACUUAAGAUGUCCCCAACCCCCUAUCUUUGACUCUCUCAUUUGCUGUGGUGGAGAGCAAAUGGAGUGACCUUGUGCUUACCCUACCCAGUCUGGGUCUCUGUCUCCCCAUUCUUCCCAACAACUCUUUCUAAUUCUGAUCAUUGCUGUGCUCAGCCUAGAGCUGAGGCUGGGGAUCAGGGUGUCCCUCAGUUCUCCCUGGAAUGACUGGAGCUGUGCUUUUGGGGCUGAUGAAAAUAGCUGUCUUGGUCUCCAGGGGCUGAGCCCAAGUUAUUUCCAUCCCCAGCCCAGAGGUAGAAAUAGCUCAGGGCCAGGAGAAGGAGAGAGGGGAGAAGGGUUAACUAAGGGUUAAUCUUCCCUUCUGGCCCAGCCUCUGUGGAGCCCCCCAGCUCUACUGUAUGCCCCACCCAAGCCAAACCAUUCUGGGAACUUGGGCCUCUGGGGAUGAAAGUGGGGCCACGCUGGGUUUCUAUUUGGUGUGGUAGUUGCUACAGGGAGGUGCCUGUGUCUGCCAUUGGUAGGAAGCAUAGAGGGGCCCACCUUACAGAGCCAGCAGGCUCAGCCCCUCCAUAUACUGGGAGAGACUAGUUCAAAGAAUGACAGGGCACAUAGCCCCUAGCAUUGCGGGCAUAGCUCUCCUGUCCACUUUCCAUCUUGCCACUUGAUCCCUGGACGCUUGGCAGCAAGGGCAGCAGGUUCUAUCACAGCUUUGCAAUCUUCUGCCCCAACUUUGGCUUUCUCUGUGUGUCCAGCUGCUUUUUUGUUUUGGUUUGGUUUGCUUUUUCAGUACUAUAUGGAUUGAACCCAGUCUUGCACAUGCUAAGCUGGUAGAUAGAGACAGCAGUCAGCAUUACAUCCCUGCUGUGUGCUCAGCCCCUAAGGCUAUCAGAUCUUUGCCCCUGUCCUCCAGACAGUCCUCAGUCUUUGUAGACAUAGGCAAGGAAACCAGGAUUCAGAGGAGAAGACAUUUUAGAGACCCUAGUGCCACUGGAAUCUACAGCCAGGUCUAUGGCCUUGAAGCUCAGACUUCUUUCCUGAGCCACCCUGGGAAAGACGAGCACUCUAUAAAUAAACUGCCCAUGUGUGCCUGGUUGGUUAGCACAGCUGGAGGGGGAUGGAGAGGCAUUGUGUGGUCAAUUAGAGGCAGGGUCCGAGCGUGAGUUUGGAGAAGGGACUAAACUUGGCCCUGUGCAUCCUCAGCCAUGAGAGGGGACUGAGAGCCUAUGGGCCCUGCACUCUGCUUCCUUGCUGCUCCCUCAGGCAGCCUCCUCAUCACUGGGAAGGGUCAAAGGAGCCUAGAACUUAUGGCUGAGUGGGUCCUUUCAUAGGAAGACUUCCUGAAGACCAGAGUGGGGCUGGGCUCAGGGCUACUGGUAAAGAGUUGCUGUUAGCCUGUGUGGUCUGGAUCUUACCCACACCAUGAGGUCAGCUGAGUAGGCACAAUUGCCCCAAGUUAUGGACUGCAUGUGAACGGUUGAACUUGUCUGCCCAGUCCUCUACCUUCCUGACUCUGUAGUCUCAGUACACACAAGCCUCUGUCGGGUUCCUCACAGCAUGCUUUCGGCACCCAAUCAGCCACCCUGGAUGGCCUUGACUGGACACUCUUUGUUUUGAGCCUGAGUUCAUCUGUGACACUGGAGAGGCUGUGCUGUGAGAACGUGCUUCUUGGCCACCAUUGCUUAGGUCAAUGUCACUCCAGGGCCUGAUGAUGAAGCGGACCUUGCUGUGCUGGCCCCUGUCUUGCCUCUUUGUGCUGCUGCCCUGGCCUCUGGCCACUCCAACACCAAUAACUCCUUGGCUGUGUCCACCUGGCAAAGAGCCUGACCCAGAUCCAGGACAGGGCACAUUAUGCAGAACUUGCCCCCCAGGAACCUUUUCAGCCUCAUGGAACUCCUAUCCAUGCCAGCCUCAUUACCGAUGCAGCCUUCAAAAGAGGCUGGAGGCCCAGGCUGGCACAGCAACUCAUGAUACAAUGUGUGGAGACUGCCAGCAUGGGUGGUUUGGGCCACAGGGAGUUCCUCAUGUUCCGUGUCAGCCAUGUUCCAAGGCACCUCCAAGUACUGGUGGCUGUGAUGAGUCAGGGCGGCGGGGCCGGCGUGGCGUCGAAGUGGCAGCAGGUACCAGUAGCAACGGUGAACCUCGGCAGCCCGGGAAUGGCACUCGGGCAGGCGGUCCUGAGGAGACGGCUGCCCAGUAUGCAGUGAUUGCCAUCGUUCCUGUCUUUUGUCUCAUGGGGCUUCUGGGCAUCCUGGUGUGCAACCUGCUCAAGCGGAAGGGCUACCAUUGCACAGCCCAAAAGGAAGUUGGGCCCAGCCCUGGUGGAGGAGGCAGCGGGAUUAAUCCUGCCUAUAGGACUGAAGAUGCCAACGAGGACACCAUUGGAGUCCUGGUGCGCCUGAUCACAGAGAAGAAAGAGAAUGCAGCGGCCCUGGAGGAGCUGUUGAAAGAAUAUCACAGCAAACAGCUGGUACAGACAAGUCACAGGCCUGUACCCAGGCUGCUGCCGGCCUCACCCAGCAUACCCCACAUCUGCCCGCAUCACCACCACCUGCACACUGUGCAGGGCCUGGCCUCACUCUCUGGCCCCUGUUGCUCCCGUUGUAGCCAGAAGUGGCCAGAGGUGCUGCUGUCUCCUGAGGCAGCAGCUGCCACCACUCCUGCUCCCACCCUUCUGCCUACUGCAUCCAGGGCUCCCAAGGCUAGUGCCAAGCCAGGACGUCAGGGCGAGAUUACCAUCUUGUCUGUGGGCAGGUUCCGUGUGGCUCGUAUUCCUGAGCAGCGGACCAGUUCAUUGUUAUCUGAGGUGAAGACCAUCACGGAGGCUGGGCCUUCAGAGGGUGAUCUCCCUGACUCCCCACAGCCUGGUCUUCCCCCCGAGCAGCGGGCACUGCUGGGAAGUGGUGGGAGCCAUACUAAGUGGUUGAAGCCCCCAGCAGAGAACAAAGCUGAGGAGAACCGCUAUGUGGUCCGGCUAAGUGAAAGCAACCUGGUCAUCUGAUGGGCUGUCUAGAAUUAGACACUCUGCCCUGUCCUGGGAGGUUCUGAAGGCUUCCUGCAGGAGGGAGAGCUGCAGCUGGGACUGAGGACCAAGAUGCAAAGGCCAAGUCCUGGAGGUGGGACCGUCCGCCCCACUGAGGAGGCAGCCUGCGGCACAGCACGUGAGCAGGAGAUCAAGAGCCCACCCUAUCCCUGCAGUCCCGGUUACUUCCAUGCAGGGUGCUGUAACCCUGUGCCUGCCCUGAACACAUCAUAGGAGCCCUCUGUCCCUUAGAGGUCUGGUUUGGUGGAGGAGUGGUAUCUGUACCUGGCCCCAAGCUUGUGCCUUGGGAACUAGCCACUCUUGCCCAUGUCCUGGACCCUGGAUGUGACUCCCUCUCUUCUGGCAGGCCCUAUAGAGGGAAGGGGUAGCAAAGAGCCCUGUACUGGUGGCAGAGUACCUGGGUUCCAAUCCUGGGCUUAUCCCUAGGUACGUAGGGGAGGAGAACUCAGUUCCCAGGACCUCUCCAGCUCUUUGCAGAUUCUGGGCUGAGUCCUGUUGGGGGGAGCUUGACUUUGCUACCCUCCCAUUAGUAGCUUUAUCUGGCCUGUUUUUGCUGCUUCCUGGGCCUUGGCCUUCAUGGCUCCCAUGGGACUGUCUAUUAUGGUGAUGCCUUCAGAAGGGGUUUAAUGCAUGUGCCUGCCCCUACCCUGCUAUUUUUAAUGAAACUGAAAAAUGACUUGACUUGGACAGGGCUCUCUGGUGCAGAGCCUCAGUCCACCCUGCUGCCCUCAAGCUCUGGAGCUGUGGGAAGAGGAGACAGGCAGGCUAGGGAGUGCCUGUGGCCUGUGGUUUUCAAUGCCCCUGUGGUACAGUAUCUGCCUGAGUUUUGGGUAGCAGGGGUGACUGCCAAUCCAGCCUGUCUUAGUCUCUGCUCUGGCUCAGUGCCUCGUUAUUUAUGUGGGGCCGUGCAGGCGCGGGGCCCACUGCCCAUCCCAUUUCUUAUUUAUUGAAACCUGCUGUUGCCCUGCCCCUACAUCUCCAGCCCCACACACUUGAGUAAUAAAAGGUGGAAAAUGUCGUCAUGAGGUGCUUCCUUUCCCCGUAUCCUCUCUGAAAACUGCUCACCUCCAGGGCCCUGCCAGGUGUGCACACAUCGUCCUCCCCCUCAUCAGCACCUUCCUCUGAAACCAGGGAAAUAGGCAGAGGUGGCUCCUCGUCUCAUCCUCACCGAGGUCCCCAGAGGCCAGGUUCCCCAAUAGAAAUACAGGCUGAGCCAUAUGUGUGAUUGAAUGUGUUCCCAUAGUCAUUCCAAAAAGUUGUCUAAAAAAGGGUAAACUUAGUAUUUUUAACCAAGUAUAUCCAGAAUAUUUUCAUUGCAAUAUAAAAUCAUUAUGAAAAUUA